AUGGUCUUCGAAGAGAUGAUAAACCGAUACAUUACAAUCAAAUACAACGAUACGGAUGAUAACCUUUUCGGCAUGGGACCAAAGAUACUGGUCGCUGCGGUAGGAGCGUUCUCUGCAAAGUGGUCCCAGGAGACAAUUGCACAUAAAUUGCGAGGUCUUACAAGGCUUGGAAAAGCCAGGACCUAUCAGCCAAGAGCAAUAAAGGCAACACAAACUGUUGCCAACAUGCGACAAACUGCGGCUGCUUUAGCCGCAAGCGAAGCAAAUGUCACACUCAUCCCGAAUCCUCCCUCGACAGAAGACCUCCCUCAGACGAAAUACGAGGAACGUCAAUUCCGACGGUCCGAGUUUUAUGCCAACCUCUUCGGCUGGACAGACGAAAACGGCAAGAAACAAACACCCGCUCUUUAUCUCAUCGAUGAGAUGAAGUACGCUAUCGUCUCCCCGAAUCCGGACUUUGAUCAGCUGAAAAGGGAUCUCGAGACCCUUAGCUGUGGCAAGAAGUUCCUAAACAAGAGUGGAGGCGCUUCUGCAAAGUGGGUAGAGUAUGAGACGAACUGGGAUAUUGCCGGGGGGGGGGAUCUUGUGCAUGAGGCAGAGAACGUUUUCUCGGCGCGGAAGAUCAAGGCUAUCCAGGAGACGGCGCAGCAGCUGGAGGAUGAUAACGAUGUCGAGGAUGACAACAACGAGGAGGGGAGUGAGGUUGAGGAGAGUGAGGAGGACGAGAAAAUGGAUGGGUAG